AAUCAGGGCAAUGUCUCAGCUUCAGUGCAGUUCAAGCUACAUUGAAAAGUAGGAUUGGACAAGAAAGUUCUGAUUAGCUCCUCUCUGUACUUUAAAGCUUGCUGCCGUAUGUAUUGCAUCCUCUUGUGGCCAAGGCAUGCGUCACAAGCAAAGUUAACAUGGUUACAGCAAGCUACAUCACACCAGCGCUAAAGGAAUUAGAAAAGAGUGUGGAAGAUGCUGGCAUCACUCUCAUUGGUGAAUUGGGACUGGACCCUGGUCUUGAUCAUAUGCUGGCAAUGGAAACAAUAGAUAAAGCCAAAGAAGUGGGAGCCACGAUUGAAUCUUACAUUUCUUACUGUGGUGGGCUUCCAGCCCCUGAACAUUCAGACAAUCCUUUGAGAUACAAGUUCAGUUGGAGUCCAGUGGGAGUUCUGAUGAACAUCAUGCAGCCCGCCACCUACCUGCUGAAUGGAAAGGUGAAGGAUUCCCACCACAGCUCUAGAGGCAAACCUGCAGCAACUGCCUGAGGAAGUUCAGACUCUUUCUCCCUGAUACCGAGGCCCUUUAAUACUGGCUACGCU